GAUGUUUCGCUCCAUCAUUGAAAUAAUGGCGGCUUCCACGAAGCAUAGGAAGACGCCAGACAACUCGAAAAAGCGGAUAAUUUCACAUAUUGGAGAUGACGAUGAUGCUGUGCCUGUAAAACAACCAAAGGUUGACAGGAGUAGAUCAUGUCCAUAUUUGGAUACUAUUAACAGGUCUGUACUGGAUUUUGACUUUGAAAAGCUGUGUUCUGUUUCACUUUCCCACAUCAAUGUCUAUGCUUGUCUUGUGUGUGGAAAAUACUUUCAAGGUAGAGGCAACAACACUCAUGCCUACACCCACAGUGUUCUGGAGGGUCAUCAUGUCUUUCUUAACCUUCAAACACAGAAAUUCUAUUGCCUCCCAGAUAACUAUCAAAUCAUUGACUCAUCACUGGAAGAUAUAAUUUAUGUGCUUAAUCCAACAUUUCAAGCGGAACUCAUUUCCAAGUUAGACACUAACCCCAAGAUGUCUCGUGCUUAUGAUGGAACAACUUACUUGCCAGGUAUUGUUGGUCUUAACAACAUCAAAGCAAAUGAUUACUGCAAUGUUGUCCUACAGUCAUUAUCACAUGUAACUCCUCUGAGAAAUUAUUUCUUGCAAGAAGAAAACUAUUCCAAGAUAAAGCGGCCACCAGGGGAUCAGGCCUUUCUGCUGGUACAGCGUUUUGGAGAGCUUAUCCGCAAGCUGUGGAAUCCUAGAAAUUUUAAAGCCCAUGUCUCUCCCCAUGAGAUGCUGCAGGCAGUUGUUUUGUGCAGCAAAAAGCGAUUCCAGAUCACGCAGCAAGGUGAUGCCAUUGACUUCUUAUCUUGGUUUCUGAAUGCCAUGCACUCUGCUUUAAAUGGAACAAGAAAACUUAGCAGCAGCAUUAUAAGUCAAACUUUCCGAGGGAAAAUGUUGGUUUUCUCACGCAAGAUUCCACCGAUAGACUUGCCGGAACAGGAGAAAGAAAAACUUCUUCAGACAGAAGAAUACCAAACAUUAACAGAGGAGAUUCAGUGGCUCUACUUGACUUGUGACCUCCCAGCACCUCCUCUUUACCCUGACGAGCUGCGUGAAAACAUAAUCCCUCAAGUGCCUUUUGCAACACUUUUGGCCAAGUUCAAUGGAGUGACAGAGAAGGAGUAUAAAACAUACAAAGACAACACCAUCAAAUGCUUUCAGCUCACACAUUUGCCUCCAUUUAUCAUUUGCUAUUUCAAAAGAUUCACAAAAAACUAUUUUGUGUCAGAGAAGAACCCUACAAUUGUGAACUUCCCAAUAAAAAACAUUGAUUUUGGAGAAUUGCUCUCACCAGAGGUGAGAGCCACGCACAGACACACUACAUAUGAUCUGGUGGCUAACAUUGUACAUGACAGCGAACCAGGUGGAGGACAAGGAGGUACAUACAGAUGCCAUGUCUUGCAUAAGGCCACUGGAAAAUGGUAUGAAAUGCAAGACCUCCAUGUAGCUGACAUCCUACCACAAAUGAUCACACUGUCAGAGAGUUACAUUCAGAUUUAUGAAGUGCGAGAGGAUAUACCCAAUCCUUUCUACCAGCCACUGAGUGCACGAGCUUCCAAGCAGCAACAAGAAGUGAUGGAGGGCACGGGAAGAGAUGAUGUUGAUGUGCCUAUUGAAACAGAAGAGCCCAUGACCGACAUUAAUGAAAUUCCAAAGGAGGACAGCAGAGAACAAACAGAUUCUUGAUGCUUUUUUUUUUCAAAUAAUGUGAGGCUUACUGGUUGAAAAAUUUAUUGAAAGAACUUGUAUUCAAAUGCUGCUAUUCAAUGCUUGUUGCACUGAGCUUGUCUCAGAUUAAAAUUUCUUGACUUAAUUAUGACAGACCCUGAAGCAAGAGAUAUGGAGAUGUUAUGGAGAUAAGAGGUUGGGUAGUACCUAUAAAAAAUGCAUUUUAUGAAAAAGUAGGUAUUCUGAGCAGUUUUGAUACACAUUAAGAAUGUUUUAUUGUAAAAGUCCUUUAGAUGUCUCAUCCUCUUGACCAUUAAAAACUUCAUUACACAGUCA